AGUCUUCCAUUUGAACACGUUUUUUCGCUUCGCAUCCAAUUUCCAACCAAUCAUGUCCAAGCAAGUCCUCAACUUUGCCGCUGGUCCGGCUGCGCUUCCCCGCGAAGUCCUUGCCAAGGCCCAGAGCGAGCUUCUCGACUACGCCGGCAGCGGCAUCAGCGUCAUGGAGCUCAGCCACCGCUCCAAGGAGUUUGAGGGCCUGCUCAACCGCGCGAUUGCGGACGUCAAGACCCUCCUGAACGUGCCCGACAACUACAAGAUCCUCUUCCUGCAAGGUGGCGGCUCGACCCAGUUUGCUCAGGUCGCGCUCAACCUGCUGGGCGCCAAGGAGGGCAACUCGGCCGACUAUCUCGUCACUGGCACUUGGUCGCUCAAGGCCUACGAGGAGGCAAAGCGCUACGGCACCAUCAACCUGGCCUUCCCUCUGCCGGCCAACAAAAAGUACGUGACUGUGCCUCCUCAGAGCGAAUGGAAGCUCAAUCCCGCGGCGUCGUAUGUGUACUACUGCGCCAACGAGACUGUCGAUGGCGUCGAGUUUGAUUUCGUGCCGGAAACCAACGGCGUGCCCCUCGUCUGCGACAUGUCGUCCAACAUUCUUUCCCGCCCGGUCGACGUCGCCAAGUACGGUCUGAUUUUCGCUGGCGCCCAAAAGAACGUCGGUCCUUCUGGCGUCACGCUUGUCAUCAUUCGCUCAGACCUGCUGGACGUCAAGCAGCACCCGGCAACCCCAAUCAUGCUCGGCUACAAGCUCAUGGCCGAGAACAACUCGUUGUACAACACCCCGCCGACGUUUGCCAUUUACAUUUGCGGCCUUGUCUUUGAGCACCUGAAGGCGCUCGGCGGUAUUGCCGAGAUGAACGCCCGGAACGACCGCAAGAGCCAAGCGCUGUAUGCGGCGAUCGACAACUCGAAUGGCUUCUUCACCUCACCAGUCGUCCCCGCCUACCGCUCGCGCAUGAAUGUCCCAUUCCGAAUCCGCGGCGGCGACGAUGCGCUUGAGAACAAGUUCCUGAAGGAAGCCGAGGCCCAGAACAUGAUUCAACUCAAGGGACAUCGCUCCGUCGGUGGCAUCCGUGCGUCCAUCUACAACGCCAUCUCGGAGGACAAUGUGACUCAACUGGUUGCUUUCAUGAACAAGUUCCUUGCUGCAAACAACGCAUAGGCCUGAUGUUUCAUGCAGCCGAUCGCUGCAGCGCUCAAUGUUGCUCACAAUACACUUCAUUUUCAUGUCGGACA